CUGAAUUAUACAGAAACAGAAGAGAGAAGUUCUCUACAAACAAUUUUUGUAAAAGAGAUCUGUUUUAGGGUUUUGCUUUGUGGCUUGUGGCGGGAAUAACAGAGACUAUCGCCGAGAUGGGGAAAGACGAAGAGGAAAUGAGAGGGGAGAUCGAGGAGAGACUAAUCAAUGAAGAGUACAAGAUCUGGAAGAAGAACACACCUUUCCUCUACGAUCUCGUCAUCACUCACGCUCUUGAGUGGCCUUCACUCACUGUUGAAUGGCUCCCUGAGCGUGAGGAGCCUGCUGGUAAAGACUACUCCGUUCAGAAGAUGAUUCUCGGUACCCACACUUCUGAGAACGAACCCAAUUACUUGAUGUUAGCUCAAGUUCAGCUUCCCCUUGAUGACACUGAGAGCGAAGCUCGUCAAUACGAUGAUGACCGCUCUGAAUUUGGCGGCUUCGGCUGCGCCACCGGAAAGGUGCAAAUUAUCCAGCAAAUUAAUCAUGAAGGCGAAGUGAAUCGAGCUCGUUACAUGCCUCAAAACCCUUUUAUGAUUGCUACCAAGACAGUUAAUGCGGAGGUGUAUGUUUUCGAUUACAGUAAGCAUCCAUCUAAGCCUCCACUUGAUGGGGCUUGUAAUCCUGAUUUAAGGCUCAGAGGUCACAGCUCUGAAGGAUAUGGCCUCUCUUGGAGUAAGUUCAAGGAGGGUCAUUUGCUUAGCGGCUCUGAUGAUGCUCAGAUCUGCUUGUGGGAUACCAAAGCUGCGCCUAAAAACAGGGUUCUUGACGCUCAGCAGAUCUUCAAGGCUCAUGAAGGCGUCGUGGAAGAUGUUGCAUGGCAUUUGAGACAUGAACACCUGUUUGGAUCUGUUGGUGAUGACCAAUACCUUCUUAUAUGGGAUCUGCGUUCUCCAUCUGCCACUAAACCAGUACAGUCUGUUGUUGCUCACUCAAUGGAGGUUAACUGUUUAGCCUUCAACCCAUUUAAUGAGUGGGUCGUGGCAACAGGGUCAACUGAUAAGACUGUCAAAUUAUUCGAUCUACGGAAGCUAAGCAGCGCUCUUCACACAUUUGAUAGCCAUAAGGAGGAGGUUUUCCAAGUUGGUUGGAACCCGAAGAAUGAGACAAUCUUAGCAUCAUGUUGUCUUGGUAGAAGGCUUAUGGUUUGGGACCUUAGCAGGAUUGAUGAGGAACAGACUGUGGAGGAUGCAGAGGACGGCCCACCUGAGCUGCUGUUUAUUCACGGUGGUCACACUAGCAAAAUCUCAGAUUUCUCAUGGAAUCCUUGUGAAGAUUGGGUGAUUUCCAGUGUUGCUGAAGACAACAUACUCCAAAUAUGGCAGAUGGCUGAGAACAUUUACCAUGACGAGGAUGAUGCUCCAGGGGAAGAACCAUCAAAGGCUUCUUAGCUUAUUGUUUAGUAUCCACAGCGUACUGAUAUGAGACAAUAUUUUAUACAUCUCUGCUUUUGAUCAGUUCAAGUAUUUAGUGUUGUUCAUUGUGUAAAAUGAGGCAUGAGAUGAUGGUGGCAACUGGGAUUCUUUUCUUUAGAAAUGGAAGAGUUGAUUCUAAUGUC